CUCUAAGUGAAAGCGGGAAAAUCCCAGUUACAUAAUUUAACUGAGGCCACGAAGAAUUGUUGAUUUGACAAAAUGGAGUAUCUUGGCAUCGGAAAAGACGCACUCUUCGUGUUUGAUCAGGUGGCCGGAGCUUUGGGUUAUAAGAAGAAUGGACAAAGUAGUGGUGCAGAUGUAGUGAACAAGGAGAUCACAGAAGCACUAAAAGCUCUUCAGAGAUCAACUCUUUUCCUAAGAAUCGGUGGACUGUCCGGUGCCUUAGCAGUUUCAAUGGCUGCGUAUGGAGCUCAUGAUCCCGAAUUGCAAAGCAACUUGCAACGUCGGCAGAUAUACGAGAAAGGAUACAAAAUGCAGUUGGUGCAUUCUGUUGCACUUGCCUAUUCAGAGAAUUGUAACAAACCAUUUUUGACUGGUGUCUUCUUCACAAUGGGAAUUCUUCUGUAUUCCGGCAGCUGUUAUGCCCAUGCCUUAUCAGGUAAUGACAGGCUUCGAAAAAUCACCUAUGCUGGAGAAGCUGUUCUCACGGUUGCUUGGUUAAGCCUGUUGAUUCUUUGAGAAAAAUUAAACAGCCUAGUUGUAGUCAAGGAAACCAAAACAACAUCAACACAAAUACUGUAUGUGGAAGGCAAAAGAGAUCAUUUGUAUAUAAAUUAAAUGAAUGAGAUUUAGAAUUGUUAUUAAAA